UUGGCAGAUUUUGGACUGGCGCGUGCCUUCAAUAUGCCAAUGCGCGCCUAUACACACGAGGUCGUUACGCUGUGGUACCGCGCACCUGAAAUACUAUUAGGCACCAAAUAUUAUGCGACAGGCAUGGAUAUAUGGAGUUUAGGUUGCAUAUUUGCUGAAAUGAUUAUGAAGCGUUCACUCUUUCCUGGUGAUAGCGAAAUCGACCAGUUAUACCGAAUAUUUCGCACAUUGGGUACACCUGAUGAAAAUACUUGGCCUGGUGUUAGUCAAUUACCAGAUUACAAGGCUAAAUUCCCUAGAUGGGAGAAAACUAAUAUACCAGACGUUAUUGUGAAGCACGAAGGUUAUGAUCUAUUUAAGGUUAUGAUGCUGUACGAACCCAAUGAACGCAUAUCAGCUAAAAAUGCCAUGACGCAUCCCUACUUCGAUGAUGUAGAGCAUGUGGAUUAUGUAGUACUGCCAGUUGACACUCCUUAGGUGCUCUUUGCUUUCAAUUGUUCUUUAUUUUCAAUUCUUAGCUAAUUUACUAUUUAAUGUUUAUAAUUAUGCUGUCUUGUAACUUAAAUUUAACUAUGCAAAAGUAAUAGAACUGCCUUUUUCUAUAGU